AUGGAAGCCAGCAAGCCAACAACCGCCAGUGCUGUGGCGACGCCUCCUGAAAGUGUCGUCUCGGAGGUCAUGAAGGAAGGAUUCGAAACCAUUGCCAUUCAAACUGGAGCUGGGAUUGGUCUGGGAUUCAUGGCCGGAUUGGUGUUGGCAAGAGGAGGUGCCGGUGGAAGUGCUCGCAAAUUGAUUACUGGAUUUGGUGGCGGAGUUGGUCUUGGGUCGGCAUGGACCAGAUGUUCCAUACAAUUGGAAGAAGCUUUGGGUACCAACCAAGGCAAAAAAUAA